AUGAAAGCUUCAACAUCAGAAGCCAUAGCUGAGGACAUAUUUGAUGAAGAAGUUAAUAAUAAGGACUAUAGGAUGGAGGUUUUAAUCACAAAUACAUUCAUUGAGAAUGCUUUUAGAGCAGGUAGAUUGGAGCAAAUAAUUACUGAACUGGUUGAUGAUAACGUUCAUUUCAAAGAUUUUGUUAUAAUCAAUAGUAUGAUCGCUGCACCGGAUGACAGAGAUCUUCUCCUCUUUGUGGAUUCAGAAGAAACAGUUAUGCCAUCCGAUGACAAUAUGACCAAUUUAAAACAUUACCAGUAUAAUAUGGGCCUUAAAAUAAAAAAUGCAUUGGGACUUGGCGAUCCUGCAAUUGAUGAAACCCAAAGCUUAGCUUUGGAAACCAUUGGAGACAAGAGAAGGGAAUGUACUGGACCAGCUAUAAAAAAUACAAUCCAACAUAUAUUAGAUGAACUCGUGUAUAAUCUACCGGAUACUGAUGACUUUUUAAUACGAAUGUGUCGUUUGACAGGGAUAUACUUGAGUGCAACAUUUCCAGAAUCGUUCAUAAACAGGCUUAGAAUUAACUACGAAGAUCGUGAUUGCAUCCUAUAUCAUGGCCCUUGGCAAAACAAAAUAUACAGAAUUCAUAAUGGCGACUGGACGCAAAUAUUGCCAGGCGGCAUAGUGCGUCCACUAUUUUUAAACUAA